AACAGUUUUGUCCAGUGCAGAGAGUGUUCCUUGUUCGAAGGUUUUACUGUAUAUGCUUAGUAUUAUUUUAUCCAUAACAAAUAUUCAAACACUACUAAGAGACACCGAAUUGACAAUAUCAAUAUGUUUUAGUUGUGACUUCAAGUCUUACCUCACCAUCUGUGACUUCCAUAACCUCUUCAUAAACCUUUUCUUGGAUGUCCUGGUGAAGAGCCAUUUCAUAAGCAGCCCAGCUAAUCGUAGUAGAGACUGUGUCAUAUCCAGCAAGGAUAAAUAUGAUUGCAUUUGCCAAAAUCACUUCAUUUGAGAGUC